UUUGACCUUCAAUGACCCUUUCAAGGUAAAAAACUAGGUGGUGACAUUUUGUCAUGUUAAUGUCUUGUACGUCUCUGCUCCAGCAUACAUAACAAAGGAUAGAUUUGAGAUUUCACCUUCAAUGAUCUUCUUAUGUUCAAAAAAGGUCUUUUUUCAACUUGCUUCAAAUUGACCAAUUUUUUUUUCUCAGAAAUUGAAAUCUGACUUAAGAUUGAACUCAUAAUACUGUGAGCAACUAGGUGGUGACAUUUUGUCAUGUUAAUGUCUUGUAUAUUUCUGCUCCAGCAUACAUUACAUAGGAUAUUGCUAGAGAAGACAACUCAUUCACACAUUGCAGUUUUAAGUCAACCAACAGAGGACAACGCCAGUAAAGGAAAUGUCAAUUUUGAGGAUCGAACAUAUAGAAACUUUGAAUCAAUCAAAAAUGUCGAGUCUAAAUCAAAAACUAAAUGCUUUGACCAACUUGAGGGAAAUAUUAAUUUAGUCAUAUUACAUAAUAACUGUGCAGACAAGAUCUUUUCACAACAAAUUCUUACAACUUCCUAUACUGAACAAAUACUUUUGGUCAUCCAAAUUCUUUAAAUUCGUUGGAGGAAUCCACCUUUCCUUUUAGGAAAUAGAACAUGUAUCAACGCACAUUCGAAUUAUGCGUUCAACAAUAUAAUAAAGGUUGCAUUUUUGAUGAAAAUUAGAUUAACAUUAUUACAAAAGUAUGUUGAUUGGUCCAUUGCUCCUUUACUAUCAC